UUCCUCAUCAUCAGACGGUCCACUUCUCCCCCCUGCGUCCGGACCCGUCCAUAGGAUGCCCAUCACUGGAUUGUAUCCCUGGCUGGACCUUCCUCUAUGAAUCCUCCGACCUGGCUGUACUCUGGAGGAUGGAGCACCUUGUGUCCCGGACUUAAGAGAUAAGGAUCCUGCCGUUUUAUACAGAGGACAAGAUGGAGCUCCUGUGACCCGGGGUCAUGACGGAGACGAACAACUCAACGUGUAGCCAUAUCAGUCAUUUCACGCUGAGUGGCCUCCCGAACCUCGAAGACUUGAAUCUCUGGUUCGGAUUGCUCUUCUUCUUGAUGUAUAUGGUGGCGGUCCUCGGAAAUUCCACCCUCAUUUAUAUCAUUCGGGUGGAGCAGGAACUUCACGAACCCAUGCACAUCUUCCUCUUCAUGCUUUCAGUGAUCGAGCUCCUGAUCGCCACCGCCGUCAUGCCCCAGAUGCUGAACAUCGUCUGGUUUGACCGCCGGAAGAUCGCCUUCGACGCCUGCCUGGCUCAAAUGUUCUUCCUCCAUUUCCUGUCCGCCCUGGAGUCCGGGAUACUGGUGGCCAUGGCCAUCGACCGGUACGUAGCCAUAUGCCACCCUCUCCGGUAUACCGCCAUUUUAACCCACCGGAACAUCACGAAGAUCUCCUUGGUUAACCUGGCCAGAGGGUUGGCGGUGAUGAUCCCCAUUCCCCUGAUUAUCAAGCGGCUGCCUGAAUGGAAGAGCGAUCUCUUGACCCAUUCCUACUGCCUCCACCAGGAGGUCAUGAAGUUGGCCUGCGGCAACAUCAGAGCGAACGUCAUCUACGGAAUGUUCGUCAUCGCCUCCAUCAUGGGCAUUGACUCGCUGUUCAUCUCCGUCUCCUACCUGCUUAUUAUAAAGGAGGCUGUUGGUCUGGUGAGGGAGUCCAGCCUGAAAGCCAUCGGCACCUGCGCCGCCCACAUAUGUGCCGUCCUCGUCUACUACAUCCCCCUCAUCGGCCUUUCUGUGGUGCACCGGGUUCCCAGCGGUCCAGUUCCCAACCUGCACAUCCUGUUCGGGAACGUCUACCUUCUACUCCCUCCCGUGAUUAACCCUUUGAUCUACGGGAUUAAAACAAAGCAGAUCCGCAAAAGGCUGGCCAAGCUGUUCGGUAAAGGGAAAAGCAGUAACAAGACGUCCCCGGGAUUCUGACCCGCCACCGUCAUGGAGACACCGGGGGAAAUUGUACAAGAGUGAGAAAAUUGUGGUUGUAACUCGUGCUUAAUGUAGACAUUCACCCCCAACUGGUCUCUCUAUAAAUAUGUACUUCCCCUUUAAUUCAUGCUUCAUUAUAUUCCAGUGCUGCUCAACUGCAGACUAUUCUGUAUAAGACCCGGGGGCCCCAUCAGUUCAACAAGGGGGGCACAGGCAACUUUAUGGUGCAGGCAGUGCCCCUUUCCCUGCAGCACACCUGGCAUCUCCUCCUUCCCCUCCUGUCCACUGUCAGCUGCUGCAGGGGAGCCACAGGGGGAUAGGUUCCAAGAUAUGGUCCCCCUCCACCACUUCAACCAACCCCUCUCCUGUCCAGGAUCCCCUACAUCUGCUGCUUUGACCCCCUUUGUGUUUACUACAGAGGGACCCGGCAGCCUUAUGGUGGAGGCAG